CAUGUAUUUUCACCAUGAGGCCGGUUGUAGCUAGGCUGCACGCCAUUACAUGUUCUAUUUUAGUUUAGUGUAGGAGGUCCAGUGAAGUCCAGUAAAUGGGUCCGGCUCUGGGUCUCUAGGACCCGGCAGAAGCCUAGCAUGGGCGGUGGAACAGCAAAGGAAAAGGUGAAUACUGCCUCAGACUGAUUAGAGGUCAGCUUUGCAAUUUCCCCAGUGAAGGUUAAGGUUGUGAAUAGGGCUUGAAAAACCGAUCCCAAGUCAGUGUCUAUGUCACUAAUAAGCUACGCAUUUACCAAACGACGUAAGGGAUAAACAUUGUCGGGCUAGGUUUAGCUAGCAUACAAAGAGUUGAUCUGUACAAGCUCAUGUUAUGAUUUCCAAGUUGGAAACUAAAAAUAUUAGUUCUCCAAAGCGUUUUAAACUACCUAAACAUCUAGUUGCCGUUGUUUGGGCUAGCGACACCCCGCGGCUUUGAUGCAGCUUAGAGCAGACAUCCAGACCAGACGUCCAUCAUAAUCCGCAGUGUCAACAUCUCCAUUUAACUCAUUUACGUGGAGCUUUCUCCACAGCAGAAAGCCUGUCUGGGUCAGCCAUGCAAGUAAACACAACGCGGGGAUUUUUAUGGUCGGAUGUAGAGACGCGGACCUUGUUGAACAUCUGGGGGGAGCAGGACAUCCAGACAGCUCUGGAUGGCAACUUCCGAAAUAGCUUCGUCUACCGCGACGUCUCCCGGAGAUUGGGGGCCAUGGGGUUUGAGAGGACCCCUGAACAAUGCAGGGUGCGGAUCAAAAGCCUCAAGAGACAGUACUUGUUAGCAAAGGAAGGAAAUCUACGGAACAACGGACAGUAUCAUAAAAUCUGUAAGUUUUAUGACACCAUGGAGAGGAUUCUGAGCAACCGGCCCGCUCUGGAUCCACAAGAAUUCAUAGAGAGUGGGGUUGGAGGAGAGGAGGCCGGGGAUGGCCUGGAGGAGGAUGGAGAUGAUGCUCAAGAUGCAUACUCUGAGUGCGCAGGAGAAUGUCCUUUACCUGCGGAGACUGAAGUGAAGUUGGAGUACCCGACUAUUCCCAUCCCUAUUCCAGUUAAAGUGACAGUGGGCAAUAAUAGCACAUCGGUAAGACCACAAAACAGCAGCCACUCAGCCAGUAGUAAUUUGUCAGCCAGAGCACCGAAACGCCAGAGGAAGCGGCGUGCUAACUUUCCCAUGGAGAAACUAAUGGAGCAGUUCCUGGAGCAGAGCGCUCAGGCUGAGGAGAAUUUCUACCGGGUGGAGGAGCAGCGUUUGCAGGCAGAAGACCGUCGCAGAGAAGCUGAACAUGCCAGAGAGCUGCACAUGCUCCAGAUGCUGGGUCAGAUGUUUUCCAGCAUCUCCUCCACAUCCACCUCCAGACCCAACUCUGCAACUACCCCCUCUAAGAACGCUCCUCCUGGCCGUGCGACUGUGUUCGCCACUGCGGGCCCUACAUGCACACGGGGUCAGUCCAGUCACUUCAGACGCCCGUCACCACCGGCAGACUGUUUCACCCAACAGAGUCAACUGUUGAACCCAGAUUCCCAGCCUUUAGUGUUUGAACGCUACUACAGCUUAGGCUCUGCAUCACAUAGAGGUAUGGACGAUGACAUCCUCUCAUUGGUUAAAAGCAUAAUCCCUCCACUAACGUCCAAAAAGCACAAAGGAGAGGACGGACGAAUUGGGAUCAUUGGCGGAUGCCAGGAUUAUACUGGAGCACCGUACUUUGCUGCCAUCUCUGCACUGAAAGUGGGGGCUGAUUUGUCUCAUGUGUUCUGCACCAAAGAUGCUGCAACUGUUAUCAAAUCAUACAGUCCUGAACUCAUAGUCCAUCCUGUUCUGGACAGUCCAAAUGCUGUGGAAGAGAUUGAAAAAUGGCUUCCAAGAUUGCACGGCCUUGUGGUGGGACCUGGACUAGGAAGAGACAACCACUUGCUGAAAACAGCCAAGGAAGUAAUAGAGAGGACUAAAGCAAGAGAUAUUCCCAUUGUCAUUGAUGCAGAUGGAUUAUGGCUAGUUACUCAGCAGCCAUCUGUUAUUGAAGGAUACCAGAAGGGCAUCCUAACGCCUAACUUCAUGGAAUUCACCAGACUGUAUGAGGCACUGCACCAUGAGCCUAUGGACAGCAGUGAUCCCCAACACUGUGUGUCAGAGCUCAGUGGAGCCAUGGGUAACGUCACUGUGGUGCUAAAAGGAGAACAGGAUCUCAUUACAGACGGCACUAAAGUGUUUUCAUGCAGUAUUGAGGGCAGUGGGAGAAGAUGUGGUGGACAGGGUGACCUUCUGUCCGGAUCAAUGGGAGUACUCGCACACUGGGCCCACAGUGCCUCAGCAGCGGGAAUGUUUAGGAGUGUGAAUCCAUCAGUGCUUGCAGCAUAUGGGGCCUGUUCUCUCACCAGACAGUGCAACAGUCAAGCAUUCCAGCGAUAUGGCAGGUCCACCACUACCUCAGACAUGAUCCAGGAGAUUGGUUCAGCCUUCAAAAAGCUCUUUGAAAGUUGAAAUGCUCCGUAAAAAAUAAAGUCUAAAAUUUAAAGUGUU